AUGCCGCCGCCGCAGCCGCCGCGGUGGCUGCCGCUGCCCCAGCCUCGCAGCCAAUCGCUGCGCGCCGCCGGCCCCGAGCCCCGCGCCCAUUGGCGGGCCGCCGUGGCAACCCCUGAAUUGGACCGCAGCCGGAGGGCGGGGCCAGCUCUGGGCGGGCCUGGGCAGAAGAGAGGCUGGCGGCCGGGGCUCUGGGUGGUGACCAGGGUCCCCAGAGCGAAACCUUGGGUGUCCACCGGAUUAAUCGCCUACCCUGGAGUCGAGCCCGGGAGCGCGACUGAAGAAGGGGAGGAGCGGACUUCCUCCUCUCUGCCCCUAGGGAUCCUUUGGAAGCCGUGGAUCUCUCGCAGGGGCUUCGAGCUCGAACCCGUGGCCCCAAACAGGUCAAGCCAGUCCCAGAGCCCAGGUCCCCAAGAUCAGCUGAGGAGCAGAGAGAAGCUCCCUCGAAGGGACCUGCGGUGGCCCCGGGUGUGUAGGAGGGAGUGGAAGCACGGAGCUGGGCUUUGCUGGCUCUUGGCCUGCAAGGUCUUACCAACCUCCCACCCCGUGUCUCAGUUUUUCCCUCUCGAGUUCCAGUACGGCUGGGAAGGCAGCCGCAGGACAGGAGCUUCUCGUGGCUGCUCUCGCACACCUCUGCUACCGGGGGAGCGGGUCCUCGAGUGUCUGCAGCUCUCCACUCGCGCACACGCUCGUGUGCCCCGGGAACCUCGCCCCGCCCCACCUUCGCGAGUCCCCGGGCUCAGUCAGCUCCUGCUCCCUCUCACCGCCAGCGCCGCCCCAAAAGGCUGUAGGUGCCCGGGUGCAGAGCGCCGCGGGAGCGCUGGGCGCUGGAGCGAGGUGGGGCGGAGAGGGCGUCGAGCAUUAGACGUCCGGAAAGCACUUCCCCACCUCUGGGAAGGUGGACACGGCGGCGGGACCAAGAAGCUGUGCCUGCACCUCCUGGAGGAAGAGGAAGGUUCAGCAGUUUUUACUGUACCCUGAAGGCCCCAGAAAGAACCAGAUGUGAUGAGUGGGCACAGGUCCGUCUGUUACCCUCCCUGGGCCUUGACUAUCUAACCAUCGAAGGCCAAAGGUACCUGCCUCGCUGCCUCAUUCGUAUGGGUCAACGAGACGGACGCAGAGGGUUUUGCAAACUGCCCAGACUUUCCAGAGCCAGGGCUGGGGCUGCCAAAAAGGCCACCUGUGCUUCACCACACUCCAUCCUCCCUCCUCACUGCCCCCCCCCCCCCCCCCAGACCCGGCUCCACUGGCCCAGUCCUCAGACUUCCUGGCCAACACUGAGCAGGCUCUAGCCAGAAAAGGGCCAGCUGACCUUGUUGGCCAGAGCCCUAAUCCCCUCCAGAUGGGCCGAGGUGGCUUGCACCACCAAAAGCUGCCCAGCCAAAGCUGACCCUGGUCCCACUGAGCAUGUGUGGCUGUGUGUGACCAUGUGCAGACCUUGCAGUGACAGUCCGGUCUCCCACUCCUCCCCACUGCUGACAUCCGCACAAACAGUGGUCCCACUCCAGUCUCGCCUCCAACAGCCUCUUCUGGCUGUCUGUACUGGGUGGCUCUGGGGCUGCGACAGUGCCCAGGCUCGGCAGACCCCUGAAGG